UUAAAGCCGAGAGCCGAGAGCCCACGGCAGCCGGAGGCAGUGAGUUGGUGGUGGCGCUGGGUGAGAGAGAGAGAGCGGGAGACAACUCCACUGCGGCAGGAGCGAUGCUCCGGACCCUGGUGACUGCAUCUCUCUCCCGGAGCCGCCAGUAGUGGCUGCAGAUGCACUGGCAGUGGCAUUUACAGCAUUUGGACCGCCCCCUCUGGGACUAGAUACACACAGAGAGACAGAGAGAGCUCUUUGACAGGGAUUUACAAACUGGAGACAUCGCUUCCAUUUCGCUUAUCUAUAUAUGCGGUGGUUGGCAAAGUAGGCGAGCACAGUUUAUAGAAAUCUGUUUACGGAUUAUCCCCUUCUCCCAGAAUAAUAAUAAAAGGAAUAACCCGCUGCUAGAGGGUCGGGAGAGACACGGAUUUGCACCAGCUUUAUUUUGCUUUUUAUUUUUGUUUGGGAAAACGUUUCCGAUCUGGAGUGUGGGGGAGAGGCGAGGCGAGGAUGGACUCCUCGUUGACGGGAUGUUGGUGUCACGGGCUGAGGGAAUCGCUGCUGUGCUUUCUGGGCAUCCUGCUGGGAUUUGGCAGCUUGGCGCUCGGCUGCCCUUCGUCCUGCAGAUGCAGCGUCAGUAGGAUCACCUGCACCGAGCCGGGCAUCGUGGCUUUUCCAGCCCUGGCAACCGCAGCUGAGAUGGAGAACAUCACGGAAAUCUACAUUGCAAACCAACCAAGCCUGUCGGGCAUCAAUGAUCACGACAUGGAACCAUACAUCGGCCUAAGAAAUCUAACUUUGGUUAAUUGUGGACUGACAUUUAUUUCACGAGAAGGAUUUCUAAAUAAUCUUCGGCUUCAGUAUAUCAACCUUGCCAACAACAGAUUUUCAAGUUUGUCAUGGAAACCCUUUCGUUAUCUGGAAUUAACUCAUUUAAUCUUAACUGACAACCCAUUCCUGUGCUCCUGUGGGAUUGCGUGGAUCCAGAUAUGGCAGCAGAAGAACCUGGCCACAUUAGAUGGUCAAAAUCUGACGUGUCGGGAGGAGAAUGAUUUGAGGAUAACACUGACACAAAUGAAGAUCCCAGACUGUGAGAUGCCUAAAGCUGCUGUGAAUGUUACUAAUGUAACUGUGAAUGAAGGUGGUGAAUUUGCAGUUAAGUGCAGUGGCACGGGAAGGCCUUCUCCCACGGUGGACUGGCAAAGACAUUCCCUCUACUCGUCUUUCCAGCCUACAGAAGCUUCCAGACCGUUAGUAACAUUAAAGCUGAAUAACAUUUCUCGUGGUGACAAUGGACAGCAGCUUAUGUGCAUAGCUGAGAAUAUAGUGGGAGAAUCCAAGGCUACUGUCAAUCUGACUGUUUUCUUUCCUCCCAAGGUAAUGCUAUUGGGCGAGGCCAUCCCAGAUCAUCGCUGGUGUAUUCCUUUCAGUAUAACUGGUAAUCCUCCACCCAGAAUUCAGUGGUACCACAACAAUUAUCCCCUGAAUGAGACCGCUUUUAUACUCACUCAGAUUCACGAGGACAAUGUCAGUGAGCAACAUGGUUGCCUGCAGCUUGAUAAUCCGACCCAUCUGAACAAUGGGAACUACACUCUCUAUGUGUUCAAUGAUUUGGGAGAGGACAAAGGCACAAUCUAUGCCCAUUUCAUGCACCAUCCUCCUGGUUCAGGCAAUGAACCUAUUACCGACCCUGGAUAUUAUGAUGAAUAUGACCAGAUUACCUUUGGUGUGAAUUCAGAUAAUUCAACUGCAAUUGGUCCACCUAAUGUUACAGAAAAGACAAUGGAAGAUGGAAUUGCUGUAUACGUUGUUGUUGGGAUUGCAGCAUUGGCAUGCACUGGAUUGAUACUAAUGUUAAUUAUUCUGAAGUUUGGAAAACAUUCCAAGUUUGGAAUGAAAGGUCCUUCUUCAGUAAUUAGCACUGAUGAUGAUUCAGCUAGUCCUUUGCAUCAUGUAACUAAUGGCAGCAACACUCCGUCCUCUUCAGAAGGCGGACCUGAUGCAGUUGUCAUUGGAAUGACAAAGAUUCCUGUGAUCGAAAAUCCACAGUACUUCAGGAAUUCUCACGGUUUACUCAAACCCGACACAUUUGUUCGAAAUAUCAAACGGCACAAUAUUGUACUGAAGAGGGAGUUGGGUGAAGGCGCCUUUGGGAAAGUUUUUCUAGCUGAAUGUUAUAACCUUUGCCCAGAAGAAGAUAAGACCCUGGUGGCAGUGAAGACCUUGAAAGAAGCCAGUGACAAUGCACGAAAGGACUUCCAUCGUGAAGCAGAACUCUUGACCAACUUGCAGCAUGAGCAUAUUGUGACAUUCUACGGUGUAUGCGUGGAGGGUGACCCACUCAUUAUGGUAUUCGAGUACAUGAAGCACGGAGACCUCAACAAAUUUCUCAGGUCCCAUGGACCUGAUGCUGUGUUCCUUAGUGAUGGCCAGUGCAACAGAAUGGCAGAGUUGACCCAGUCACGGAUGCUACAUAUUGCCAUGCAGAUAGCUGCAGGGAUGGUGUACCUUGCAUCACAACACUUUGUUCACCGUGACUUGGCUACUAGGAAUUGCCUGGUGGGGGAAAACUUGCUGGUGAAGAUCGGAGAUUUUGGCAUGUCUCGGGAUGUGUACAGCACAGACUACUAUAGGGUUGGUGGCCACACAAUGCUCCCGAUUCGUUGGAUGCCUCCUGAAAGCAUUAUGUACAGGAAAUUCACCACUGAGAGUGAUGUAUGGAGUUUGGGUGUGGUGUUAUGGGAGAUCUUUACCUAUGGAAAACAACCAUGGUACCAGCUAUCAAAUAAUGAGGUUAUCGAAUGUAUCACGCAAGGCCGUGUCCUGCAGCGCCCUCGGACCUGCCCGAAAGAGGUGUACGACUUGAUGCUUGGAUGCUGGCAGCGUGAACCACACAUGAGGCUCAACAUCAAGGAAAUUCACAGUCUCCUCCAGACUUUGACAAAGGCCUCUCCAGUAUAUCUGGAUAUCCUUGGUUAA